AUGUCGGAAACAGUUAAAGUUGAUCUUGUAGUUAUUGGGGCAGGCUGGUUUGGACUUGCCGGCGCAAAAACCUAUCUCCAAAUUCAUCCCAACGCAAGCAUUGUCGUACUGGCCGAUAAUGCAACCAUUGGGGGAGUAUGGGCAAAUGAUAGAUUAUAUCCUGGGUUGAAAACGAAUAACAUUCUAGGAGCGCUAGAGUAUAGCGAGUUUCCUAUGACUACGGAAAAAUAUGGUGUCAAACCUGGAGAGUAUAUUUCUGGCUCAGUGAUCCAUCAAUACCUCGAAGAUUUCGCAAAGGAAUACAGUGUCUACGAUAAGAUACGAUUCGAGAGUAGAGCAUUGUCAGCUGAGCAUCAGGAUGGGGGCGGUUGGGUUGUCACGGUUGCUUCUACCACCGUCCCUGCAACUUUUGAGGAAUAUAAGAUAUCCGCGUCCAAACUCAUUGUGGCGACAGGUUUGACUUCUCAGCCGUUUGUUCCUCCACUUCCUGGCAUCGAAAGCUUUACAGCACCCUUAUUUCAUACCAAAGAAUUUCCAAAUCAUCUGGAUACAUUGAAGACAGCCAAAAACGUAUGUGUUUUCGGAGGCGCAAAGUCCUCUUAUGAUAUGGCAUAUGCAUAUGCCUCAAAGGGAAUACACGUGGACUGGGUUAUCAGAGAAUCAGGCCAUGGUCCAGGAUGGAUGUCCGAAUCUUAUGCCACGCCUCUCAAAAUUUGGAUCGAAAAGAUGGUCAAUACCCGCAUUUUGACUUGGUUUAGUCCCUGCAUAUAUGGCGACUAUGAUGGUUAUGGUACCGUUCGUUCUUGGCUUCAUAGCACGACAGCCGGCCGCUGGUUUGUCGACAAGUAUUGGGAGAAUUCUAGUACCGAAGUAAAAACGGUAAAUAAUUAUGAUGCACAUCCAGAGACUGCAAAACUCAAACCGUGGUCGAAUUCUUUUUUCGUUGGUUCGAUGCUUUCGAUUCUCAACCACGAUACGGAUAUCUUUGAGCUUGUUCGGAAAGGUGUCAUCUCUGUGCAUAUUGGGGACAUUAUAAACUUAAGCGAAAAUACCGUGAGCCUUUCCAACGGCGACAAAAUACACACUGACGCCUUCGUCUGUGCCACCGGAUGGAAACACGUCCCACCACUAGAAUUUCUCCCCAAAAGAAUCGAUCUCGGUCUCCCUCACACACCAGAAGCUGGAGAGUCAACCGCCUUGAUAGAAAGAGCCGACAAGGAAAUUCUCGCCAAAUUUCCCAGAUUGAGGGACCAGCCGAUUUCCAGCAGAAGAGCGAAGCCAAUGGAAGGGGCUCCCGAGGGAAAACUCGAGCCUUUCAGACUCUUCCGCUUCAUGAUCCCCCCCAAAUUCAUAGAGUCGCGAGAUAUUGCUUUUAUGGGCUGUAUGGCAUCGGUAUCUACCGCAUUUAUAGCCCAAUUUCAGGCACUAUGGGUAACAGCCUUUUUCAGCAACAAAGUCGGCAUUCCUGCCGACAUGGAGUACCAAACCAUUCUGCACAGUAGAUUUGGAAAAUGGCGGUAUCCUUCAGGAUUUGGGGCUAGAUAUCCGGACACGGUCUUUGAUGGAUUGCCAUAUUAUGACAUGUUGCUCUCAGAUAUGGGAUUGAGAAGUCAUCGGAAAUCGGGCUGGUUUUGGGAAAUAUUCGAGCCGUAUAGUGCGAAGGAUUAUAUUGGUGUAGUGGAUGAAUUGAAGGAGAAAAUAAAGGUUGGGUAG